AUGUCGGCCACCCCCGAACAGCGAGGAAUCCACAGCUCCUGGAUUGACAAUGCUGAGUUCUGGGACACAAACAUCGGCCUUCAUGGCAACAAGUACUGGCAGCAGCUCCAGAAACCUUCUCUAGAGCGACUCGUUCCCAUACAGCCAGGUUGCAAGGCCCUCGAUCUCGCCACUGGAAAUGGCCUUGUAGCGCGCUGGCUCGCGAGUAAAGGCGCCUCGGUCGUCGCAUCAGAUGGCAGUGAGGAGAUGCUCAAACAUGCAAGUCGAAGGAGCUCGCCGGAGGAGGCGGAUCGAAUCUCGUAUCGCAAGCUGGACGUGACUCUGCCCGAGGCAUUUGAGGAAUUUCUCCAAUCUGAGCCUGCGAGAGGAGGAUUCGACGUCGUGACAUGUAACAUGGCACUUAUGGACAUUUCCGACCUAGAGCCAAUGGCGAAUGCACUUCCUAAACUAUUGAAGAAAGGCGGCAUCUUCUUCGCAACUAUGCUUCACCCGGUAUUCUUCACGUCCGGCGCAACACGCUUCGUGGAAGUCGUCACGAACGAGGAAACAGGCGAAUACUACAAUACUCGAGGCAAAGUUAUUCGAGAGUAUCGCGAGAAGGCUCCAUGGCGGGGUGUCGCAGUCAAUGGCCAGCCUGCAUUCCAGCUAUACUUUCAUCGCCCGCUUGACGUCUUGUUGGGGACAUUCUUCAAGACGGGCUUGGUCAUGGAUAAUAUGGAGGAACUGUACUUUGAGAAGCAGGACGCGAUUAAGGAAAGGCCCGAGUCGUCUGCGAAUUAUACACAGAUUCCGGCUAUUAUGGUUAUGAGAUUUCGCAACAUGUAG